AUGUCGUGCUUAAAAGAAAAACUUAAGCCAAUGGUUCCACUUAAAACUUUGGAUAUCAUAUUUCGACGUCGCUAUGUACCAAAUACUCAGCACUAUUUUGCUAAUAGAAAACAUGCUGUAAAAGAAGAUAAAGGAAUAAUGAAAUCUAGGCCAUUUCGAAUACCAAGGUCUGAGAAAUUACUAUCAUAUAUUAAAUACAGCGAUCGUAAAGAAAAAUUAAUUAGCAAGAAUAGAUUGUACCAACCCUUACAUUUAAAAGAUAACCUUAGGAUAGCCGCUACAAGAGAUAUUUCAGAAAGACUUUUCGUAGGAGAGCCUAUUGAUGAUGUAAGAGCAGUUGUAGAAAUUCACCCGGAGUUUUACACAGUUAUUGAAGGACGCCCAUUACGAAGCUUUGACGAUAUAAAGGUUUAUGUUAAUAAUAUAAGAAAUUAUGCCAUGAAUCGUCAGCAAAUCGGGUACAGGCGUGAUCUUAUUAUGAAAAUAGAACAAAAUAUAGUCGAUGAAUCGAAAGAAUAUGAUGACAUAGUCAUUAAAUUAAAACAACAUAUUAAAGAUUUUCAAAGAUUUCUAACAGAAGAUUAUAAAAUAUCCUGUGCGAAAGUUUCAAGGACAGAGAAAGUCUAUGCUGAAUUGCUGGCUAAAAAUUCUGAAUUUUUAGGCUAUGUAUCAAAAUUAACAAUUUUGAAUAACAUUUUAUUCAAACUUGACGCUAUACGCAGUAUUUUAAAAAUUUAUAGGAGCUAUUUAAUAUUUGUAGCACCGUUAUCAUGGCGACAAAUGUAUGAUGAGAAUUUAAAACAUAAAUUACAAUCAAUACAAUUUGAAACUGAAGAGUUUGUUACUGACAACGAUUUAGUUGAAACCAUGGAUAUAGACAGAAUGAUUGAAUUAGCAAAACAAGAAUUAAGAGAUCCACAUCCACCCCACAUAUAUUUUACGCGUCCUCAACAAAUGAUUUAUUUAUUUCGGACGAUGGAGUUGCAGAGUAGAGAGUAUUUAAUACAUCUUUCAAAAACAGACGUACCUCAUAGGCAGUUAAAGGAUCGGAUACGGCAAUUGAAAAAAACAACUAAACAAGAGCUUGAUUAUUUUCAAUAUUACAUUGAUAGUAUUAAGAAUGAAAUAGCUAGAGAAACUUACAAUGAAAGUCAUUUAAACAUCAGAUAA